GAAACCGGAGCGCUGUUGUAAGAGUAAAAAGAGCACAGCAGGCAAGUGAAGCGGCAAAUCUAGAACCCUAAGAAAGCCGACAGAGAUUCAACACUAACAAACCAAACCAGAGGAUGGGAGUGGAGAAGCAACUUAUCAGACCCGGCACCGGUCCGAAGCCCGCCGCCGGUCAAAGUGUCACGGUUCACUGCGCCGGUUAUGGGAAAAACGGUGAUCUCUCUCAGAAGUUUUGGAGCACAAAGGAUCCUGGGCAGAAGCCUUUCACAUUCAAAAUUGGCCAGGGAAAUGUUAUAAAAGGAUGGGAUGAAGGUGUCUUGGGAAUGCAAAUUGGAGAAGUUGCUCGUCUGCGGUGCUCUCCGGACUAUGCUUAUGGAGCUAAUGGAUUUCCAGCAUGGGGAAUACAACCUAACUCGGUCCUGGAUUUUGAGAUUGAGGUCUUGAGUGUGGAGUGACUUCCCAGUAGUAGGGGGCAACCCUCAAGAACACCAUAUGGAAUAAAUCUAAUAAUGAACUUGUCCUGGACAUAAAUGAUUGUUGUCUACGUAUGAUGGACUUAUUAUUUGGUUAAAGUAAGAUGCUUGUCCUCUUGUAUCUUCUAUGAACAAGCACAAUGUAUGCGCAGUCCUGGUGCGAGUGAACUCUAUGGGCAUCUUAUCCUAGCUUCCGUCCA